AGUCCUCCCCAGCCCGGGCUCCAGCCGCACGCACACCCAGCCUGGUACCAAGAGCCUGCUGGCUCCAGGUCAGCAGCGGGCUCCAUGUAACAGGCAGGGGAGGCUGCCGGGGGAGGAGAGCAGAGGGGCAGGAGCCACCCCAUCCACACUGAGGGGGCCUGUGACCCACAGAGAGAGAAAGGGUGACAGAGAAAGAGAAACAAAAAGGACAGACCAACAGAAGCAGACCUGCAAAGCUGGAAAGAGAAAAGCCAAAAGGGAAAUCCAUGCAGAAGAGGACUGGGAGACAGAGACCAGGACAGACAGACUGCUGACCCCAGGACAAGGCAGGGAAAAGGCCCACGGACUGAAGGAGAAGGAAGGAGAAAGCCGUCACCCGGGACUCCCAGAGCGAGCUGCCCUGGAGCUGACUCACCGCACAACAUCCUCAGGGUGACCUUGAGCCGCAAAGCUGCUGUCCACGUGGACCGGGGCCGACAGCACGCGUCCAUCCGCCAGGACCCCUGCCUCCAAACUGCGAGACAUGGCGACCAACGGCAGCAAGGUGGCCGAUGGGCAGAUCUCCACGGAGGUCAGCGAGGCCCCGGUGGCCAACGACAAGCCCAAAACCCUGGUGGUCAAGGUGCAGAAGAAGGCGACGGACCUCCCGGACCGGGACACGUGGAAGGGCCGCUUCGACUUCCUCAUGUCCUGCGUGGGCUACGCCAUCGGCCUGGGCAACGUCUGGAGGUUCCCCUACCUCUGCGGCAAGAACGGUGGAGGCGCCUUCCUCAUCCCCUACUUCCUCACGCUCAUCUUUGCGGGGGUCCCGCUCUUCCUGCUGGAGUGCUCCCUGGGCCAGUACACGUCCAUCGGGGGCCUGGGGGUGUGGAAGCUGGCCCCCAUGUUCAAGGGUGUGGGCCUGGCCGCCGCCGUGCUGUCCUUCUGGCUGAAUAUCUACUACAUUGUCAUCAUCUCCUGGGCCAUCUACUACCUGUACAACUCCUUCACCACGACGCUGCCGUGGAAGCAGUGUGACAACCCCUGGAACACUGACCGCUGCUUCUCCAACUACAGCAUCGCCAACACCACCAACAUGACCAGCGCCGUGGUGGAGUUCUGGGAGCGCAACAUGCAUCAGAUGACAGACGGGCUGGAUAAGCCAGGGCAGAUCCGCUGGCCUCUGGCCAUCACCCUGGCCAUCGCCUGGAUCCUUGUGUAUUUCUGUAUCUGGAAGGGUGUUGGCUGGACUGGAAAGGUGGUCUACUUCUCCGCCACGUAUCCCUACAUCAUGCUGAUCAUCCUCUUCUUCCGCGGAGUGACGCUGCCCGGGGCCAAGGAGGGCAUCCUCUUCUACAUCACGCCCAACUUCCGCAAGCUGUCCGACUCAGAGGUGUGGCUGGAUGCGGCUACCCAGAUCUUCUUCUCCUACGGGCUGGGCCUGGGAUCGCUGAUCGCUCUCGGGAGCUACAACUCUUUCCACAACAACGUCUACAGGGACUCCAUCAUUGUCUGCUGCAUCAAUUCGUGCACCAGCAUGUUCGCAGGAUUUGUCAUCUUCUCCAUCGUGGGCUUCAUGGCCCAUGUCACCAAGAGGUCUAUUGCUGAUGUGGCGGCCUCAGGCCCCGGGCUGGCCUUCCUGGCAUACCCAGAGGCGGUGACCCAGCUGCCCAUCUCUCCUCUCUGGGCCAUCCUCUUCUUCUCCAUGCUGCUGAUGCUGGGCAUCGACAGCCAGUUCUGCACCGUGGAAGGCUUCAUCACAGCCCUGGUGGACGAGUACCCCAGACUCCUCCGCAACCGCAGGGAGCUCUUCAUUGCUGCCGUCUGCAUCGUCUCCUACCUGAUCGGCCUCUCCAACAUCACCCAGGGGGGCAUUUAUGUCUUCAAACUCUUCGAUUACUACUCGGCCAGUGGCAUGAGCCUGCUGUUUCUCGUGUUCUUUGAGUGUGUCUCCAUCUCCUGGUUUUAUGGCGUCAACCGAUUCUAUGACAACAUCCAAGAAAUGGUCGGCUCCAGGCCCUGCAUCUGGUGGAAACUCUGCUGGUCCUUCUUCACCCCAAUCAUUGUGGCGGGCGUGUUCAUUUUCAGUGCUGUGCAGAUGACGCCCCUCACCAUGGGAAGCUACGUGUUCCCCAAGUGGGGCCAGGGCGUGGGCUGGCUCAUGGCCCUGUCUUCCAUGGUCCUCAUCCCCGGCUACAUGGCCUACAUGUUCCUCACCUUAAAGGGGUCCCUGAAGCAGCGCAUCCAGGUCAUGAUCCAGCCCAGCGAAGACAUUGUUCGUCCAGAGAAUGGGCCGGAGCAGCCCCAGGCCAGUGGCUCAGCCAGCAAAGAGGCCUACAUCUAGGUGUGGGCACUCACCAACCGCCACUGUCACCCCCUGCCCCGGCUGACCACGACCACCACUUGACGUCUGAAGAUACCAUCUAUCUCAACCUACCUCGAGUGGCGAGUCCAGACUCCAUCACCACGCAGAGAGGGAGGUGGGGGACAGUCACACCCUCCGUGGGCCCCGCCGUGGGCAGAUACCCGAUGGCUCUGACCCCCGGGCUGGGGACCUUUAUAAUCCGGGCCCCUUAGCACCAAGCAGGCGGUGUUCGUGACCGCCCAGGUAGAUCCUUCUUAUCCCGCCAGCGAGUGUGACGGGGAGCAGCCGCCCCCUCCUGGCUUUUAGUCGUAUUCCUGACUGUUCUCUUACUGCCCAAACCCACGACUGUUAUCUUGGACUUUGCGGGAGCUGGCUUUGGUCGGAAUGCCGCUCUGUCCGCGUGAAAGGGCGUUGUGUGACAGGGAUAUCCAGGGAGAGCUCACUCUCCUGGAGCAGGGGCCCGGAGCUCGGUCAGGUUUCGGUUUUCUCCUUCCCGAGGCAGCUUGACAAAACCACCCCCAAGGAUGGUCAGUCAGAAUUCCCAGGGCAGCUUUCUCCAGCAAUCUCCUUUCUCCCUGCCUCGCAGCUGAAGAGCAUCUCUGGAGCUCAGCGGCCAGGCCCGCUCCUCGCUGGGCCAUUCUGGUUGCACCUGCCGCCACGGCGAGCAUUCCAGACUGGCCUGCUCUUCGGAAAACGGCCACGAGCACAAUCGAUUUUUUUUUUAUUGCCAUUCGGGGGGCCUGAGUGGGCUCCGGGGACACUCCCUGCUCAGGGCCCCGUCUCUCUUAGGCAGCCCGGCUUUACAGAGCAGAACAGAGGAAAUCCAGGUGCACUUGUGUCCUUGAGUCAAUGGCAUCAGUUAUCUUCAGGCCCCCUCUUCAGCUGUCCCCCUCACUGCCACCCCACAAAGCUGCUGCCCUCGCACCUUCUUUGAAACUCCUGAAACUAACGUCCCCCUAGCCCCCUAACUGAGGAGCUCCAGUUAAUCCAGAGAUGCCCCCCCUCCGCCCCCCAUGUGCUUCCGAGAUUCAAACUGCUUUGAGGGAGAGUGGUAGAUGUCCCUGUCCGGAACUGGGCUCCGUGGUGGCUGGUGGCACAUCCAGUGAAGACAGAUCUUCCGGGCUCCAGGGCUCCGCGUUUCUCGUUGGCCGGGGAGAUGGGUCCCAUGUAGCCAUCAUCUGUUGUGCCCCGUAGCUCCUUAGCUCGUUAGCUCACAAACUGUGUUUUACGACUAACCCUUAAGAACUAUGGUAAAUAACUGUGACUGUGGGUUUUUUAAUCUCUUGUCAUUCUCAUCCGAAAGUGACCAGCAUACCAGCUCUUGCAAUAAGUAUCACCCUCAGAAUAUUAAGCACAUUAUCGUAGAGAAAACAAAAAGUACGCGUCCCCGUGUAAAUGCACACUCAUGUUCCUUCCUUCUCGCGUGUGGUAUCUAGGGUCCCGUUCGAUAUCGUGUAGGAAACCCGGAGGCUGCUCCUGAGCUCAUCUGUGAAAUAGUCUCCUUGCUCGGGCAUCCCGAAUGCUGGCCAGGCACACGGGACCAAGAUGCGCCCGUGUUGUCUCAUGGCAGCGUUUAGCUGGGAGGGACCCUUCACUGCCUCGUGGUCCCCCGCAUCCUGUGUGAAUUCCUCUAGAAUAAGGGCAGAAGCCUUCUGACUUUCUCUUUGUUCUUCAGUGUGAAACUAAGACCAAGUCUUUCUGAGACAAAUGCAGUGUAUUUUGUGUUUGUAAACAAAUCGAAGUGAGAUGUUGGGCAAGAAAUCCCAUAACUGAUUUCCAUGCAAACCUACUUAUAUAGCACAAGAUUACAUAUCGUACAAUACUGUGAGAACUGUGAAUAUGUGUCACUUUUUUAGUAUGUGCCCUGGGGGGGGGAAGAUAUUGUAUUAUCAUAUAUGCUUUUUUUUUGCAAUAAGGAUUUAUUCUCAGAUCACCAAGUAAAUCUAUCUCUAUAUUAAAAAAUAUAUAUGUAAUAUAUACAUAUUCAAACUAUAUACAGAGCCUGUUUAAAAAAAACUACAGUAUUAUUUAGUAAAAUUAUCUGUUCUAUGGACCAAAUGUAAAAUAUUUAUAAAUGAAAAUGCAUUUUAAAUGUCUAUAAAUGGUGUCAUAACUAGAGCACGGGCAUUAUGUACGUUUCUAAGAAUUUAGAGGAAAAAUAAUAAAGGUUCUAUGAUAUACAA